UCCCGAUCAAUUAUUAUUUCAACUAGAAGAAAGUUUUUCAUAGCUUUAUUUGUCUGUAUCUGAAUUUAUUCAAGUUAGUCCUUUUGAUACUGUUAUACUAACUGUUUUACAAACUUGUUCAGUCAUAGAUUUUAGCCCAAUACUCAAAGCGAAUCCAAAUCUCUUGUCUCAACUCCAUUCAAAGGAACCUCAAGGUGUAGGAGCAAUGGGCAAAGUUUAUAAAGUCCAAUUAUCAAAUGAAAACGAAUGGCAACUACAGGCUGGUGAUUAUGCAUUUAAAUUGUCUAAAGCAACACGGUGGAAUAUUCAAACUAAGGUAAUAACUAAUUUGUUUGAUAUAUAGUUCUCUUAUAUCAAUUCCUACUAAACAAUGCUUGUGCAGAGUGAAGUGAGCGUUUUGGAAGAAUUGCCAUACAAGAACCUACUUAAAUUAGUAGGUAGAGGCAAGGGAUUGGUCUCAAACCGCAAUCUGAAAUUCCUAGUUACUGAUUGGGUACCCGGUGGGGAUUUGGAAUCAGCAAGAAAAGAUAUGGAUUGGGACCAGAUUAUGAGAGUUUUAAAAAGCCUUGCAUAUGCCGUUUAUGUGGUCCACAGAUCUGGAUAUUGUCUUUGCGAUCUAAAGCCAGAAAACGUUCUAUUAGACCAGUGGGGCAAUGCUGUAUUAUGCGAUUUGGCGGGUUGUAUUAAAACAGGAGGACAUGUUGAGAUUGAAACAGGUGGCUACGUAAAUAACGAGGAUGGGUCAGUUGCAACAUGGGAACAUGAUGUUUUUUCAUAUGGGAUGAUUGUACUCCAACUGCUUACGGGAGACGUUACGAAAAACAAUACAGGGCAUAAUGGUUUUGAAAUCGCUAAAAAUAUAAUCACACGUGCCGAAGAAUUAACCGCUGAAAAAGAAGCUGCUGAAGAAAAUGCAGGUCUAGUGAAAUUAUUGAAGGAACAACUGAUAGAACAAUUCAAGCAAAUGAAAAAAGAAAAAGAAAUUGCUUUGGGUUUAUUGCAUUUAGGGUUACGGUGUCUCCGUGACAGAAAGACUCGUGUGUCUGAUCUGGAAGUUAUGCAACACUUUCAUGACAUUGCUCCCUUUGAUAUGAUUGAUUCUCAACUGUAGACUUGAGUUUACUUUUAUGUUUUGGAAUUUGUAAUUCUGAUGACAAAAUUACUCCGAAUCAUUCAUUCUGAUAUGAGAAGGUUAUCAGUAAGUGGAAUGUUAUUACAGAAUAUAUAAUUAUUGUGUUCAAAAAUUCAAAUAUUUCUGUUGCUACUUAGGUCAUGUCCAUUAUUAUCCUAGAACUCAUUUCAAUGCUGGCUGGUCGGACUUUUUGCGGACAGAGUUUUUUAUUUUGUGAAACUACCAACGUCCACCUAUUACUGAUGACGAAAAAACACC